CUAUUCAGAUAGCAGAAAGGAAGGCUUCUGAUGUAAAGAAGCGAGAGCAAUUCAUGGAGCUAAAAGAACAAUUUGAGAAGGAUGUAGAGCGUCGAAACGCAGCAAAAUGUCAAGAGAUGGAAAAAGACUUGAUGCAGAUACAGGCUAUUAGAGACCGGGAAAUAAAAGAGGAAGAAUUGGAGAGAAGGGCAAGGCAACAGUUAAUUGAACAUUACAGCAACUUAUCAGAGGAAGCAGCAAAACGAGAACAGAGAGCCUUGUGGAAAAUUCAAAGGCAUAAGUUAGAAACUGCACGUACUGACUUUUUCCGUAAUGAUCAAAAAAAGCUUCAGGCAUUGCUAGAGAAGUUACCAUUGAGAGAACAGAGGGGGAAAUCGGAUGUAAUUCCUGGAUUGGACCUGCAGCAUCAUGAACCAUUGAAUAUAAGCUUUGAUUCUCAAGAGUUGAGCUUUGAGGCCACAUCAAAUGAAAACAAAAUACUCAACAAGAAGGAAGAUCUUUAUGCUCCAGUGAAUGAAGCAGCCUCAACUGUAACUGCACGGACUGAUUUACUUCCCUUCCAAGAAGGGCCUCAACAAUCAAGGGCUCACCUUUAUAAGGUAGAACCUGGACCUGUAGCUUUCCUGGACUCUGACUCACAAGAUCAGCCCGUUUGUCGUAAUUCAAAUCAGAAAGAAGUAUGCUUACUUGAUAUAAGUUUUGAGGAUUUUCUUCCAAGUGAGCAACAGCAACCUGGAACUGCCCUUGAAACAGUUAAACAAGCCACAAUACUUGAUGUGGCUCUGAAGGAAAUAGGUUCAGAACUGUCAGAUGAGAGAAAAGACAUUGCAAUUGACCAAGAUAAAUAUGAUUUCAGUAUUGCUUUAACAGCUUCUGGAGGUUCUCAUAAAAUGUUACAGGGCAGAAAACCUUCAGAGGUGGAUUCGGGGAUGCCCCAAUGGAAAGUUCAUGGACAUCAUUCAGAUUCACACGUCAGAGCUGCAGGGUCUGCAACAGAUCACAAGCCUUCAGACCCACAUACCAAUGUUCAUGGUUCCAUACCUCAUUCAGACCUAAAUGCAAGUGAAUACGUAACCAGUGUUGAACCUAUCAGGCCACGAUGGAAUGUUCAUGGGCAUGUUUCAGAAUCUAACAUUAAGGUUGGUGAUCAUAUGUCUAAUGUUGAACCAUCUAGACCACGAUGGAAUAUUCAUGGGCAUGUAUCAAAAAGCAGUAUACAAGUUGGUGAGCAUGUUUCAAAUAUUGAGCAGUCUUGGCCACAAGCAAAUAUUCAUGGGCAUGCAUCACAAGCCAACAUGCAAGUUGGUGAGUAUGUUUCUAAUGUAGGACCAUAUCGAGCUCGAUGGAACAUCCAUGGCCAUGUGUCACAAAGCAACAUUCAGCUUGGUAGCAAUGUGUCUGAUAUUGCACCAUCUGGAGCACAAUGGAAUACUUACAGUGAAUCAUCACAACCUCUGACUAACAUUGGACAACCUGCAUCUAAUGUAGAAACUCCUGUAUUUGGUUGGGCUUCUUUUCGGCAUCCUUCGUACUCCAAUAUCAGGAUAGGAGAAUGGUCACCAGACGUGGAAGCAAAUUUGAUCCCAAGGCAAAAAGCUUGUGUUGGUCCUUCAACUGGCUCUACAAUGCAAGACAUAUUGUAUAACAAAAACAUUGAAGUAGAAAGAAUGGUGUCAAAUAAAUCUAAUGAAGAACAAAAUGCAAAUGUUAUACACACUACCAGCCCUGAAGAAAAUGUCGAAAACACUGUCAAAUCUAACCUGAGCACAGCUCUUCCCAGUCCUGAACUAGAGCUGAAUGAAAAUGAAAAUGAUGAAAGAAAUGAAUCACAAGGUAACUGUGAAAAUAUCAUAAAUGAUAGUUCAGAAAACACAGCAUCUCUCCAGCCUCUUCAGACCAUGUGCACUCAAGAUGAGAAUAAAAACCCAUUAGAACUACAACGGGCUUGUCUUCAAGAAAAAAAUGAGUGUGAUUCAGAAUCUACAGAUGAAGUCCUAAUGGAUACAGCAAGUGACCUUAUGAACUUUGCAACAGAACCUAUCCAAGAAGCAGCUAUUGAGAAUUCGACAUGGGAGAAAGAACAGGCCUACCUCAAAAGUUUGGCAGACCAGUAUUGUGUAGAACAUUACCGGGAUAAUUAUGAAUUGAUGUCUGAGCCACCUAUCACACACCUACUUCAGAAUGUGAUAAGUGAACCCUAUUUAUUGCCCUUGGAUCCUUCAGUUCGUAGAGCAACAGAUGCGACAGCAGUGCAAGCAAGUAGUCUUAUCUCACUUCCAGUACUAAUGAAGCAUUCAAUCACAGCUCCGCUUAUAGCUCACGCCUCUCUGGUAAAUAAAGCCAUAAUAGAUUAUUUGUUUGUGGAACUGAACAUUGAACAGGACUUUGAAGCACUAAGACAUUUCCUUUUGAUGGAAGAUGGAGAGUUUGCGCAAUCACUGAGUGAUAUGCUCUUUGAAAAGCUUGGAUCUGGACAGACCCCUGGAGAACUUCUGAAUCCUUUAGUUCUGAAUUCAAUCUUGAACAAAGCUUUGCAGUAUAGUCUUCAUGGAGACUCCAAGCUCGCCUCUAAUCUGACCUUUGCUCUCAAAUAUCUGCCCGAAGUGUUCAAGCCCAAUGCACCUGAUGCUUUGAACUGUUUGGAACUAAGAUACAAGGUGAACUGGCCCCUCAACAUCGUGAUCACAGAAAGCUGCAUGAGCAAGUACAACAAGAUCUUUUCUUUUCUGCUGCAGCUAAAGCAUAUGUUCUGGACACUAAAAGAUGUUUGGUUCCAUUUAAAACGUACAGCUUUAGUGAAUCGUUUUUCAAAUUCAGUUCAAUUUCAUCAACUUCAACUCUAUCGGCAUGAAAUGCAGCAUUUUGUCAAAGUCAUCCAAGGUUACAUUGCUAAUCAGAUCUUGCAUGUGACCUGGUGUGAAUUUGUGCACAAAUUAUCAUCGGUUGGAAAUCUGGAUGAACUCCACAGAACACAUGCAGAAUACCUUAACAAAGGCAUUUUCAGGGGCUUAUUAACAGAGAAAGCUGCUCCAGUGAUGAAUAUCAUACACAAUAUUUUCAGUCUGAUUCUGAAAUUCCGUAGUCAGUUGAUCUCUGAAGCCUGGCAGUAUGAUGCUGAAAAGCAAAUGACAAUACAUCCCAACUUUACUGUGAUGCAGCAAUCCUACAAAACAUUUAAACAUUAUUCACACUUCCUUUUCAAAGUUGUGACUAAACUCGUCAAUCGGGGAUAUCAGCCACAUCUUGAGGAUUUCCUGUUGAGAAUUAAUUUCAAUAAUUAUUAUUUGGAUGUUUAACUGUUACGUAGCUCUCAAGAAUUCAUCUUUUAUGUUAUUAGAAAUCAAACUUAAAUUAAAAUUGAUCUAACUUGAAGUAAAUUAUUAAUGCUUGUAAAAUUUCAAUUGUUAGCAAUUUUUAAAUUAUGCAUCUGUCCAUUUGUAUUCAUGUAUAUAUUUGUAUAUCUGUGCCAUAUAAAAAUCAGUGUUACAGGAAACUUUAUGCUGUAGUUAUGCAUAUACAAGGAUGUUUAAUGUUUUACUGUGCAGCAUUUGUAUGUGCUGUACAGUGGAAUCAAGCUUGAUGCUCUCAUUUAGUGGUCAGCUAUGUUUACAAUUAAAACAGUGUAUUUUGAGUCUGCAUAUCUUCACAUGAGCUUAAGUUUUUGUCAUGUUGGAUAAUUUUAAAAUUAAAAGUAUAAUCACACUCCAAACAAUAAUGGAUUCAU